AUGCAGUUCCUCUUCUUCUGCUUACAAGCGGGCAUAGUCGCCGCUUUGGCGGCCAGCAGCUUCGCAAGCGCCACUGGGGAGUUCGAGCUCGAAAAACGAAGUGGCCACGUCUUCACCCUAGUAAACCACUGCAAGCACGCCGUUCAGCCCCAUAUCGCCAACACCCGCUGUGGCUAUAGCCCUCGAUGCGGAGACGCCACGGACUUCAAGGGCGCGCAGCCGGCGAAGCUAGCGGUCGGCAAGUCGACGAAGGUGACCAUUCCAUCCCGGUGGGUCGGCCGCAUCUUCAACAAGACUGCCAAAUGUGGCGCGAAGGGCGAGAGCUGCACGGUGACCGAGUUCAGCCUGGACACUGGGGACAAGUAUACGCCCCAGGCGUACGAUAUCUCGAACAUCCAGGGCUUCACGCAGUCGAUUCGGAUCAAAUCUGCUGGUUGUGAGACCGCGACGUGCAGGUCGAAGUCGUGCCCUUGCAAGCAGGCGUAUCCUGUCGGGGACAUGUCAGGAUGCGGCAACGACUCGCCUGUCAAAGGGUGCAAGGCCGGCAAUCAGCCAUUCACAGGUGAGAUAGAUUUCACCGAUCAUCGGCACCGACUGAAAUCCAAGAGUUGUCUUCUGCCCUGCUUGAGAGCGAGGGACCCCGUUGAUGUAGCAGGCGCUGACAUCUUCGCCAUGUACGCGUCGUCUGCUGGGAGGGAUAUGCAUGAUGUUUACAACAAUUGA